GGUGUAAACAAGGCUGGAGCGGUGCUGCGAGCCGGCGCACUUCCUCCUGCCUGCAGCGCUGCGUCGCCUGGGUCGCUGCCCGAAGAGCACAAAGAAAAGAACCCUUAGUAACAGGGGAUGAGUUACUAAUGCCUAUCUACAGAGACACUUCUUCUUCUGGCAAGUGCCCUGUGCGAGUUUUGCUGUCAGGAAAUGAGUCAGAAGCGAUGGAGCAGUGUCUGCAGUGCCACAUGAAAUAGGAAGCCAAUAUUCAAUGUUAACCGUCACGUUAGACACAGAAGGGAACCGCUAUACUGAGAAUUAGAACCCCAUGGGGAAAUGCCCCAUAAAAACAAACUCCUGUAACUUAACCACAGGUAUGAACCGCACCUCCACUUCUGUGCCAAAUGUUUCCAGCAGCCCCAGCAUGAUGGAGAGCAACUGCUCUGAUCCCAACGUAACCUACAAAUCCACGCUGUACGCAGCCACCUACACCAUCAUCUUCAUCCCCGGCCUGCUGGCCAACAGCGCUGCCCUCUGGGUGCUGUGCCGCUUCAUCAGCAAGAAGAACAAAGCCAUCAUCUUCAUGAUCAACCUGGCCGUGGCCGACCUGGCGCACGUCCUCUCGCUGCCGCUGCGGAUUUACUAUUAUAUCAACCGCACGUGGCCUUUUGGCAAAUUCCUCUGCUUGCUGUGCUUCUACCUGAAGUACCUCAACAUGUACGCCAGCAUCUGCUUCCUCACCUGCAUCAGCAUCCAGCGGUACGUCUUCCUGUACCAGCCCUUCAAGGCCAAGGACUGGAAGCGCCGCUACGACAUCGCCAUCAGCGCGGCCGUCUGGCUCUUCGUGGGCGCCGCGUGCUCCCCGUUCCCCAUCAUGCGCAGCUUCCGCCUGCAGGACAACUCCAAGACCUGCUUUGCAGACCUGGAGGUGCGGCAGAUCGAGAGCAAGGUGGCCACCGUGGCGAUGACGGCCACCGCGGAGCUCUUCGGCUUCAUUGGGCCCCUCAUCGUCAUCGUGUUCUGCACCUGGAAAACAAAGAUCUCCCUUCGGGGCUUCCAGAUACCUCUGCAAAACAACAACGAGAGGCGGAAAGCUUCGAGGAUGGUAUCCACCUGCGCCAUCGUGUUCUUUGUGUGUUUCGCACCGUAUCACAUCAAUUUCUUUUUCUACAUGAUGGUGAAAGAAAACGUUAUCACAGAUUGCCUCCUGCGCAGGAUCACGCUGCACACCCAGCCCUUCUGCUUAACUCUUGCCAGUCUGGACUGCUGCUUGGAUCCGAUCCUCUAUUUCUUUAUGACUUCGGAGUUUCAGGACCAGAUCUCCAGACACAGCAGCAUGGCCAUCAGGAGUCGGCUCAUGAGCAAAGAGAGUGCGUCGUCAGUUAAGGAAUGAAAUAAAGCCAGCAUAAAAAAAUGAAGAUAUUUCAUCUGAAAUUCAGGAUCGUUCAACUACCGACUCCAUUGCAGAAGUCCCCUCAUUUGCUCAGGGGAGUUUUGUAGCAGUGGAAAUCUUUUGAUACACACAAGAUAAAACUUCAAGAUCAACGUGUUGGAGUGAGCCAUCAGGCGUUGACUGCACCCACCGCUGUGAUGACCAUUCCUGACCCAGCUGGACUGGAAAAUCCCCAAAGCCUUUGAUGGGAAAUGGUGGAAACAUCCUAGGAGCUUUUCUUCCCAUUUCUCCAACUCCAGGGGCUCUUUGUUCAAGCAAAUAUGAUUAUUCAUCCAUACACUGGCAUCUGCUGAAGUGCUUUCUCCGCACACCGUGCCUACAAGACCAUAGAGGUGGCCAGUAGAAGCAAGCAGCAGUUUUGCUGUCCGUGCUCAGGGACACAGACGUGGAGCUUGCUCCAGCAUGGAGCCCCAGCUUGCUGCUGCCUGCCCCGGCUCUCAGCGCAUUGCUCUGGUCACCUCGCUUACCACCGCUUCAUUCCUUCCUGCUCUUUCCAUCAACUUCUCACCCAGCUCCAAGCGUGCUCCUUACCUCUGGGUGCAUCCUGUGCCUUACCCCUGUAGCCGGUGCUGUGAGGUUGCCCACGUUCUGCUCAAUGGGACCUUUCCUUGCUCCAGGUCCCCUUCACACCCCAAGGGACAGCGCUGCUGGCAGUGGGGACCCAGCAUCAGUGCUGCUGGUUUGGGUGACCCCAGCAGCACCACGCUGCUCCUCAUCCCCGUAUGUGCAUGGAUCCUUCAGCUCAGUGCUGGGACAGCACUGUGAGAUCCUUCUGGAGGGGUUCAGGGACACAUCUACUAGAGAAGAAAGGUGCCCCUGCCUCGGUGGUUUCACUAAUGUGUGACAGCUCCUAGGCCGAAUUCUGCCAAUGCGUGUAACUUCAAUGGUUUCCUCGUGAUAACUGAGGACUGUUUUGCUGAACAGAAGCACUGAUUUAUUCCCUCUGAAACCUGUCUUUCCAAAAAAACAUGUGUUCAGUGGCAUCAUCUCACAUGUUGCUAGAAAACAGAUAAAAUACCAGAAACACUUGCGGGGUAUAUUUUAACUACGCAAUACCACUUCAUUACUUUUUUGCUUACCCAACAUUUUUCUGCAUAUUACAGUAUUUUACUUGACUGUUUUACAAUAAACAGGGAACAAUUCAACAGCCAGGUUUGGAAAAACUUUACACUGGAGCUCUUCUUGAAGGCAGUGAACAGCUGUUGAUUGAACCCAAUAAGCUGCCAUAGUUCUCCUCUGGUUGGUGAGAGGAUGAUUAUAGACCACAGUAUUACGAACUUAAUCUUACAAGCAGAGAAGUGAGAACACCAAAAGAUGCCCAUCCAAAGGGAGUAGCUUUCACAUGGUGUUACUGCAGCUUCUGUAGCUUUGUAGUGAGAACUGGGAGCUGUUUGCUGUGUUUACAAUUCUCCGUUUAUCGAGGAAUACAAGUCAAAGGCACUGUUAUGGCAAGUGUGUAGCUCAUUCUACAUUGUUCUUUCCAAAAAUUGAUGCUUCCGAAAUAAACGCAUGGUUUGCAAGUGUGA